CCCUAGCACGACGCUCACUCACAGGAAGAAGUCUCGCAGUGACCUCGCGUGCACGGUUACGGUGUCUGUGAAUAUUUUUUUUGUGUGUGCGUGUUUGUUAAAGCGAAUUCAUUAUUUUAAUCCGAAACCAACAAAAAAAACUAUAACAUAGUCACUUACGCAACGCACGCAAUUUGCAUCACUAUAUAUACAUCAAAACAACAACACAAUUACCAAUUCGCAUUGAGCAACGGUGGGUUGCCAGAGUGACAGCGGCGAGAGUCGCCCUUUGCCGGCUUUGAAUAACCCCCGCCGCAUUCGCGAGCCACAAGCCAGCGGGAGCCUCGGGGCAAUGUCGUCUCCCGCUCCGCCUCCUCCGCCUCCAUCCUCAAAGCAGCCCGGACCCAACUUUGUGGGAAUGAACAGCGUCCUCAAGUCUCUCUUGGAGAACCCGCUCAGCCUCAAGCCCGGAGCCGACUCUGGCAAGGACAAGGAGAAGAGCAUUGAGGACGAGGCGACGGGCAGCAACAUGAUGGCCUCCGCGUUCCUGGGCCCGACGCUGUGGGACAAGACGCUGCCCUACAUGGACAACUUCCAGCUCGAGUACAUGGACCUGGACGAGUUCCUGUCCGAGAACGGCAUCCCGCCCGCUCCGGGCUCGUCGGCCGCCGUCCCGGCCGCCCUCGUGCCGCAGCAGCAGCAGCAACAGCCGGCGCCGGCGACUCAGUCACCUCUGCCGCUACCGCCGGCGUCAUCAUCGUCAUCGUCGUCGUCGUCGUCGUCGUCCGCCAUCCCGCAGCCACUGCCGUCGUCGCUGUCCUCGACCAUUCCGCCGUCGUCGCUGCAGCCCGGCACCGUGACCAUGCUCCUGCCGGUCGGCGGCGGCGGUGGAGGAGGCGGAGGAGGCGGUGGAGGAGGAGGAGGAGGAGGAGGAGGAGGAGGAGCAGGCCUGCCCUCCGCCAAUGCCACGGUCGUGACGCCCGCCGGAAUGCACGCGGAGAUUCAGGGUCGAGGAUCCGGGCAGCUCGACCCGCCGGUUCGCUCCCCGUCCGUGGUGGACCUCAGCAGCCGCACGGCGCCACCGCCGCCGCAAGCCGCGGCCAGGGGCGAGCCUCGCAACACGCCCAGUCCCAUCGACCCCGAGAGCAUCGAGGUGUCCAUCGGCUACGACCCGGACCCCGUCGACCUCGCGCUCUCCUCCGUGCCGGGCCAGGAGAUGUUUGACCCGCGGAGGCGCAAGUUCAGCGAGGAGGAGCUCAAGCCGCAGCCCAUCGUGAAGAAGGCCAAGAAGAACCUGAUCCCCGUCGACCUCAAGGACGACAGGUACUGGGCCCGCCGCAGGAAGAACAACGUGGCGGCCAAGCGGUCGCGCGACGCCCGGCGGCUCAAGGAGAACCAGAUCGCGGUGCGCGCCGCCUUCCUCGAGAAGGAGAACUCGGUGCUGCGGCAGGAGAUGGCCGAGCUGAAGCGCGACCUGGGCCGCUUCCGCAACAUCGUGGGCAAGUACGAGGCCAAGCACGGCUCGCUGUGAGCCGUCGACCGGCAGCCCCGCCCAGCCCCGCCCAGCCCCGCCCAGCCGUCGUCUCUUGUCCGUCUCGCCCCCGGCGGGACCGAUCGUCCGUCUGGCGUCGGCUUCUCGUCCCCCCCGCCCCCACCGCCGCCACCCCCGCCGCCGCCGACUCGUCUGGCCGUCGUCAAGCCCGUCUCGUCUGCUCGUCGGCCGCAACGGCCGAUGGAUCGGCCUCCCGCCCGCCCUAGCGUCAUCACGGUUCUCCUCGUCGCCAUCGUCGCCCGCGUUCAUCCGUCGCCCGCCCCUUGGGGCCCACGUUGCCCCCCCCCCGCCCCCUCUCUCUCUCGCCGGGUGGGGGGGUGGGGGGUGGCGGGGGAAGGGUGCACAGGAAGCUGCAGCGCGUCGUGGAUUCAAUCGGUCCGGGCCUCCGGCGGCGAUGCAGCGGUGGCGAGCGAUGUGAGGACAGCUGUCCCGGUGAGACGGCCGUCCCGGUGAGACGGCCGUCCCGGUGAGACGGCCGUCCCGGCUGAGACGGCCGUCCCGGUGAGACGGCCGUCCCGGUGAGACGGCCGUCCCGGUGAGACGGCCGUCCCGGCUGAGACGGCCGUCCCGGUGAGACGCCGCCGGCCGUGGGUUGUGUUUGCGUUGUGCGCCCGCUGUGUGUUGUAGUUGAUAGGGGCGGGGGGGGGGGGGUCGGCUCUUUAGUUUCUUUGCUCCGUGAGCAUUAGCCGUGGGAGGGGGGAUGGGGGGGCGACCGAUAAGAAACCUGGCGGCCGCCACUGCCGACUCGCCGCUGCUACUGCCGCCAUUGUGGGGUGGGGGGAGGGUGGGAGGGGGUGACGAGGUUUUCAACCGCGGAGUGAAAAAUGUAAAAACUCUGCGAGCCUGGCCGAGGUUCGCUCGCAUGAUCCGUGACCGCUCCCGCGGACCCGGCCGUUUCGAAGGGCGAGCGUGCGGACCCCCCUUCACGUGGACCCCCCUUCACGUGAAACCCCCCUUCACGUGAAACCCCCCGUCACGUGGAACCCCCCUUCACGUGAAACCCCCCUUCACGUGGAACCCCCCUUCACGUGGAGCCCCCCUUCACGUGGACCCCCCUUCACGUGGAACUCCCCCUUCACGUGGAACUCCCCCUUCACGUGAAACCCCCCUUCACGUGGAACCCCGAGCGCUUUGAACCCUUUGCGUGAACCCCGAGCGAUCACCUGAACCCACCCCGGAUAGCCGUCGCCCGGCACCACGCCCGACCCCCCCCCCCCCCCCCGAAGCCAACCGUCUCCCGUCGCCCCCCCCCACCCCACCCCCACCGCGUCGCAAGGUUCCACGUGCCGAGCGGCCCGUCGAACCGUACUCACGACGGCGGGGCAACCCGUGCCCCCGCGGUCGGGCGUCGUCGCGGAUUGCGAAACGUCGUCGCGACUCCCACGGUUCACCGCCCCCACAAUUGGCAUCGCCCGGCGGCGUGAGUCUCUCCCGGCGGGGGGGGGGGGGGUGAGGUGG